AUGUCCUAUGUAUCAUCCAUUGAACUACGCAAAGUCCGACCUGAAGCUGUCAACGAGAAGAGUGUAGUCGAAUCGGUCGUAAAUCUAUUGCAUGACGUUGUCGAGAAAGUUCCACAAGCUUAUGCAAUCUCUUCACGACCGAUAAACAGCGAGCAAUUAGAACCGAUUGAAUGGGUCCGUUUUCUUUCGAAUGCACAUGAGUGGCAUUCAUCAAUACGAAAUGAUACAUUGGUUCUGUUAAUUGCCUAUAAAAGUGGCUUAACAUUCUGGACAAUUGAAAGUAAUGGUAUAGCAAAUGAACUGUUUUCGAUUCGGGAACAUAACAUUUGCUCGGCAUGUCUGCUACAUCAAAAAUCUACUCAAGAUGAUCCUUAUGAAUCACUUCGACCAUUGAUUGCAUUUGCUAAAUCAGCCGGACCACCAUCCAUUCAAAUUCGAUCGUUGAAAACUGAUCAGCAAAUGAUUAAAAUUCUCACUUUACCUGGUAAUACAUUGCAAAAUGAACCAGUCUUGGUCGAAUCCAAUAAUUCUGUUCUUAUCUGUGCCACGCACACAUUCAUUAUUGGUUAUGAUCUGAUUAAAUUCGAUGAAAAGUUCUUUCUUGCCAAUCUUUAUUCAUCCAUACCAUUGUCACUAGCAACACGAUGGUUAGCAUUUGUCGAUUAUCGUUUGAACUUAGUUCAUCAAUCGUCAGGUGGAAUCAAUGGAAACAUAAGUGAACAGCAUGCGUCGUAUACAGGUGUGAUGUUGAAUGCAGCUAAAUCUUUGUCGAAAAGCGUUGUGAAGAUCGGAGAGAGUGUACUUGGUUAUAGUGGACAACAAGGUACUAAUUCGAGUUUGAAUGAAAAAUCGUCACCACCCAAACAACAACUGUUAGCAGCAAUGCACAAUGGCACGAAUGGUAAUGGAACAAAUUCUUCACGUCACCGACAUGGGUCGGGUAAAGAAGAACCACAAGGAGGAAUUGUGACUAUAAUUGAUACAGUUAAAUUGUUUGGAUCAUCUGUUCAUGAUGAAAAACAAAAUUGGAUUAUUGCUCAUUUUCAAGCUCAUACAGAACCGAUUGGAUAUUUACAAUUCAAUCCAAGUGGUCAUUUACUUGUCACCUGUGAUACGAGUGGACAUUAUUUUAAUGUCUUAGAAAUUCAAGCAUCUCCCUACCGAUGUACAAGAACAUACAUCAGACAUCUAUAUACUUUAUUUCGUGGUGAUACCGAUUGUCGAGUGUCACAUAUUACAUUUACAACUGAUAGUCGAUGGCUUGCUGUGUCAACAAAACGAGGAACAACGCAUUUGUUUGCAAUCAAUCCAUACGGAGGUGCUGUGAACGUUCGAAGUCAUACGAAAAACCAUGUUGUUAAUAAAGCUAGUCGAUAUCACCGUACUGCUGGCUUAGAAGACCAAUCAUCACGUCACACGAAUACCAAUGGAACUGAUAAUGGUUCGAAAGAUAUUUCCUUAAAUCCUUCCACAAAUCUAUCGUUCAAUGCAGUCAAUGGCCAUGGUAAUCAUUGCUCACCAUCAACACGUGCAAAACGAACACAUGAUGAAGUGAUUUUUUCAACAGCAGUUGCAAUUAUUCGACAACCGACAGACAAUUUCGUCACGGGUCUCAGCGCGCCAUUCAAUACCGAUUCGUUGUGUAUAGCAACAAUAUUUGGCAUUUCACGUGGUUUUCUCAAUCCAGAAGAUAUGAUCAAUCAACAAGAGCAUGUUCCACGUGCCUGCAGUUCAUUGUAUAUCAUUAGUUGGUAUGGCCGAUUGAUCGAAUACGUUCUCGAACCUGUGCCAGAUACAAGUAAGCAUGGUACACGUAUAACAUCGGAAACUCCACUUGCAGUGAAAGUUUCUCCCAAAGCUCAAUGGCCACUUCAAAGAUUACUUACAUGGCCAGAAGUUCGAAUGUCAGUUGCUGAUUCAUUUCUAUCGCAAGGAAAUCGACCAACAUCAGCGAAUAAAGCGCAUUCGAAAGAUGAUUGGCUUCGACAAGUAGAAAUGAAUACACAUGUUGCUCCACAUCGUCGUCUAUGGAUGGGACCUCAAUUUCAUUUUAAACAUUAUUCGGAAGCGACCGUUAGUGUUUGUCUUCCGAAUUCUAACGUGUGUACAGCUGAUUCACCGCAAACAUCGAUGAAUAUCGUUGAAGCUGAUUUAAAAAGUUUACCAAUGCAAUGGUCGAAAUCGACACCGGUUCACGUGCCAAACUCACAAAAAGAAGUCGCUCCUGCUUUCAUUGAAGUUGGUUCUGGUAGCUUUCAAGAUGCACCAUCUUUGAGUGUCUAUGGAAGUUCAUUGGAUAGUCUAAAAUCUGAUUUUGAAGUUGAAUUGAUGGAAAAAUUAGCUGACGCUGCCGUGGACAUCUCUUUACGAAUUAAUGGUACUAUCGAUCCAAUAGAUUCGUUGACAUCAUCUUCAUGUAGUAGUACGGUUACACGUACGUUACCAUCUAAUAAUUCAAUGGAAAACAUGAUUCCAUUUCCUGAUACAGGUGACCCGGCUGAUUAA